UUAUUGACCAAAUUUUAAGAUCGAAAGAUGAUAGCUUUUUCUUUUUAUUCUUCUCCAUACUGCAUCGGGAUCUUAUUGGAUUCCUGAAAAAACACAAUUUAAAAACACUAUGAAAUUCUUUUUCUAUUCAAGUCGCAGACCCUUUAAUUGAAAUCCCAGAGAGAGAGAGAGAAAGAAUAAACGUUCAGUUAAAAAUUUCCAAGUCCCCAUAUAGUGUUUUGAUGGAUCCCAAGAACCCAAAUCAACACCAUCAUCAUCAGAUCGUGGUCGCUUCCGACAAAGAACCAAACAACAGUAAGAAGCAGCUUGGUCCGAAGAGAAGCUCAAACAAAGACAGACACACCAAAGUGGAAGGUAGAGGUCGGAGAAUCAGGAUGCCUGCGCUCUGUGCCGCUAGAAUUUUUCAGUUAACUAGAGAAUUAGGUCACAAAUCAGACGGUGAAACAAUCCAGUGGCUGCUUCAACAAGCGGAGCCGUCUAUUAUCGCAGCCACAGGUUCAGGAACUGUACCGGCCUCUGCUUUAGCCUCGGCUUGUGCUGCUGUCUCUAACCAACAUCAUCAAGGUGGGUCUCUCACUGCUGGUUUGAUGAUCAGUCAUCAUGACUUAGACGGUGGUGGUGGUAGACCAAGUUGGGGAGAAGGAGGAGGAGAAGCUUCUAGGUUAUGGCCGAAUGGAGCUGGUGGGGUAAUGAGUGAAGGAGCUGGUUACAGAAUUGGGUUUCCUGGGUUUGAUUUUCCUGGUGGAGCUAUGAGUUUUGCUUCCAUUCUUGGUGGUGGUGGUAAUAGCAUUCAGAUACCUGGACUUGAGUUAGGGUUGUCUCAGGAAGGGAAUGUUGGGGUCUUGAAUCCACAGUGUUUUACACAUAUUUAUCAACAGAUGGCUCAGGCUCAAGCUCUGGCUCAGGGUAGGACAGUUCACCAUUCUCUUCAUCAUAAUCCAUCACUUGAAGAUCAUCAGCAAGAGAGUGGUGAUCAGAAAGUUGAUUCUCAAGGCUCAGGGCGUUGAUUCAGCUUUCUAAAAAGCUUUUGGUGUUUUGUUUUGUUAUAAUAUUCUUGUAAUUGUACAAGUAGCAUGGAGAAAGGAAUGAAAGGUUUAAUACA